AAAAUGGCUACCACUGAAUGCAAAUGGCGGUUGUUAUUGUAAUUGUUCGUGGAAUUUCGAAGUUUUUUGUACAAAAUAAACAGCAAAAACACAUCGCCCCAGCGACAGCAAUAGGCUGAAAAUCUACCGCGAACCUUCCGCCGCAUCCGAGUGCGUCCACCGAGUGUUUCAGCGCACGCGAACCGUGUGAAAUUAUGCCCCGAAUUGGCUGCCCAAAUGCGAGAAAAAUUUUCGAGCGCCUGUGAAAAGCAAUAUUAUUGGGCUGCCGUGCGUGAAAUGGAGAACAGUGAGGGCGCAAUAAGUUCGAGAGCCCUAUUAAUUAGCCCCUGAACAUAGUACAGCCAGCGGGGAAGCGCGAUUUGUGGCAACAAGAGCGCCUGAAAAGUGACGCAGGAAAAUCCGUAUCCGAAUAAGCAAAGCAGCAGCGGAGCCCUGCCCGCGCCCCGCACGUUGUCACUGUGUGUGUGUGGUGUGUGCCAGUGUGUGCAAGUGUGUUAGUGAGGCUACUACUAAAAAAAAAAAAGUAAAAAAGGAAAAAGAAAAAAGUGGCAGCGGUGGAAAAUGCCCAAAAACAAAGUCGCAGAGGUUAAAAACUAGCGAGUGAGCCCAGCUGCACAUACAUAUACAUGUACGGUGGAUCCCAAAUCGGCGGAUCGGAUCGAAAACAAUUCCAUUCCCGAAAAAUACAAAAAAUCUCGUGUGUAAUGCAAACAUGCAAUUGUUUAAACGCAAAGGACGCCACCUGAAUCAUCUGCCACCGAUUUCCCCGAGCGGCGGGGACAUAAAAGCUAAAUGCGAGAAUUGAGCAGCGUUCUACCAAUUAAAUCUACGACGCGUGCGAUUGUCGUGUGAUGAUAUGCCACUUAAACAGCAGCUUGAACCGUCACUGGUGCGGAUAUUGGUGUCGCUCCCCUGGGAUGCAGCGCAACGGCUGCGCCAACUGGCCGCCGAGGGCAAUCCCGAGCUGCGCGCCCUCAACAUUCAGUCCGUGCAGUUCGAGGGCGAUUCUGUGAUAACUUUGAAAGUUGGAGGACAAGAUAUUAAGAUAACCAAGGAUAAUGUAAACGAGACACUUGAGGCGGCUGGCUCGUCUUCCGGCAACAAGAGUAGUCUGGUGGCUCUGGCCCCGGGUUUCGAUGGCCCCAGCACCAGCAAGGCGGCCUCCGCCUACAUGCAACAACAGCAGCAGCAGCAGCGGAUUGUGCAACUGCCGCAGAAUGUUUCCAGCGAUGCAAUCUCACUCCAGCAAAGGAGAGCGGCUCUGCAGAAGAUGCCUCCACAACAACAGCAGCAGCUCCAGCUUCAGCAGCAGCAGCAGGUUCCGGGACCUCAGCAAACGCCGCCGGUGUUCAAGUCCCCCAAUACGGUGUGCCCGAUGGAGGGCAAGGUGCCGCUGCUGCUGCCCUCGCCCUCUGGAACGGCGGGAGUGCCGCGAGACUUUCCCUUCGAGAGCAUGCGGCAGGCGCGAGUGCUGCAAGGUCGGGAGGCGGGCGGCCUGGGUCCGCCACCGCCGCCCAACGUGACGCUGAAGGUGCUGAAGAAUCCACCGCAGACGUCACAGAAUGGCGAAUUAACACCCACGACGCCAACGACAACGACGGUGGCGACGACGCCGCCCGGCAGCAAAUCUCAGUUCAUCCAGCCACCACCGCCGCCAUAUCCGGGAUUGGGAGUUGCCACGGUGGCCGCUGCUAGUACCACAGCUGCCAGCGGUAGUUCAUCUAUUGCCAUAGCGGGCGCAAGUGCCAAGCCUGCGAUUGUUCCCGUCUCCAGCCCGCUGCCCCAUCAUCCCCAUCCGCAUCAGCAUCAACUUGCGCAUACGCAGCAACCCCAUCAGCAUCAGCCGCAUCCGCUGCCCACGGCCACGUCGACGGGCAGCAAUAACAUUGCCAUAUCGUCGCCGCUGCUGGUGAAUCUUCUGCAGAACGACGGCAAUGCCAUGUCGAAUCCGAACCAGCUCAAGUCUCCGCAGCAGCAGCAGUCGCCGCUGAUCGGCAUGAGUCCGAGUGGAGCGCAGUUGAUGAACUCUCCGAUGCGCUCUUCUGGUCCGGCGACCCCAAGCGAUUUCCUCAUGGGCGAUGUGCUGAGUCCGGUGGUGCCUUCCUCCCCAACAACGCCUCAAGGGGCGUCGGCUACUCCUUGCCCGCCGCCCGUUGUGAUGCGGAGUAUGCAGCAGCAGCAACAACAGCAGGCUAUGCUCAGUCCCAGCGGCAAUGGCAAUCAUUUGUAUACUCAGCAGCAGCAGCAGGCACCUCCCCCGCACCGUUUUCAGCAGCAACAGCAGCAAAUGUCUCCGCAGGCUGUGGCCCUGCGUCAGCAACAACUACAGCGGCAGCAGCAGCUGCGAUUUAUGCCGCCGCAGCAGCAACAGCAGCAGCAGCAGUUUCAGCCUGCACCUGAUUGCUUCAACAACAUGGGCAUGAGUCCCUUGCAACAACAGCAGCAACAGCUGAGACAGCAGCAGCAGCAACUAAGACCUGGCGGACUGCCUUUGGCCCCACCGCCACCUCAUCCUCAACAGCAGCAGCAGCGCCUGAUGAGCCUGCAAAUGCCGCAGGCUUCACCGCAGCAGCAACAGUUCAUGAGUGGAGCAUCGCCCCUGGGACCUGCACUCUCGCCCGCCUCCAGUCACCAUUCGAUGCACAGUCCGCUAAUGGCACAGCAGCAGCAGCAACCGCAAAUGAUGUCGCCUGCCCCUGCGCCUGGAUCCAAUGCGUCCAGCGAGCUUACCGCUCACCAUGUACCUGCAGCGCCACCGCCAGACUACAACCAGGCGGCAGCCAACUCGCGCUGGCCCCUCGCCGGUAUCAAUAAGCCCAUGGACUCGGCCACCAAGAGCAGUUUCCAGGAGUUCACGCGCUACCAGAUGCAGUACAAUCUCCAGCAGCAGCAGCAGCAAGUCAACCUGCCUGGUCAACAACAACAACAACAACAGCAGCAGCAGCUGCAGCAGCAACAGCCACAGGCGCAACAACAAUUGCCGCCUCCAACGCUGCCGACGCAGCAACUGCAGGGACAGCAACAGCAACAGGCUACGAGCCAGGCUCAGGGUCAGGUGGACUCCCUAAUAUCGCUGUCCGUACUGGAUGCCCUGACCACCAACGACCUGGAUGCCCUGCUGCCUACUCUUAACUGUGAUCUGGAUUCGACGCUCAGUCUUGAAGAUAAAAACGAGCUGGAAUCGCUGCUGCAGGAUGCCAAGGAUCUGGACCUGGAUCUGAUCGAGGACAAUUUAUCGGCGGUGGGGAUGGAUGUGGGUGAAGCUCUGAGCACGCUGCAAGAGGCGCCCAUGGAACAACAACAACAGCAGCAGCAGCAACAGCAACAAAUGCUGCAAAUGCCUUUCCAACAGCAGCAGCAACCACAAAUGCAGCAACAAAUGAUAAUGCAACAGCAGAGACAGCAAUUGCAAAUUCCUGCUCAGUUGCAGCAACGCCAGAACCAGCAGCAAAUGCAGCGACAUCUGCAACUACAACAGCAGCAGCAGCAACAACAGCUGCAAAUGGUUCAACGCCAACAACAGCAGCAGUUGCAACACCAGCAAAGGCCUCCCCAAAAGCAAUUCAUCAUUAAUCCCCACACCGGCGACAUGGAACCCAUGGCCAGCGAUGACAGCGACACCGAGGCGGAACAGGAAACCUCGCAGAUGCCAUUCCGCACCAGCGGUGGCCUGGGCAACUUCAACUUCAAUCCGGCCAAUGACAUGCUCUUGCCCAACAAUCUCUUCUCCGAAGAGGACUCGAAUUCGGCACAGCAGCUGCCUAUGGCCAUCAACAGUGACCAGGAGAGAUCCCGCGACUCUUUGGCGUCUAACAAAUCGGCAGCCUCAGGCAGGGCCAGGAAGACACCCGUGUCGAAGGCGAACCACAGCAACUUGAUUGCUGGAGAGAAUUCACCACGUUCCAGCAACAGUUCUCCGCUGAUUGGCUUGAACUCACCCCAAUCAGUGAGUGGCGGCAAUGCAGUAAUUGCUGUUGGAGCGCCCAAUAAGAAGGCCAAGCCGAAUCUGCUAAGAGAGAAGCUACAGCAGGGUGUCAAGGAGCGUAAGGCCAAGGAUCCUGCCACGCCCAAGCCGAAAAGAGAGCGAGCGAAAGGCAAUGCCAAGACAAAGGCGGCGGAGGAGAAGAUCAAGCUGCGGCUGAAGCUGGACAAGGUGGAGACGGGGGCAGUAGCAGCAGCUGGAGCAGGUUACGAGGGACAGAUUAUAGUGAACCAGCAGCAGCAGUUGCCCCUGGUGGCCAACAAUCACAUGCAACAGUUGCCACUGCAGACGCAGCUGCUCACGUUGCAGACACAGCAGCAGCAGCAGCAGCAACUGACACAGCAAACUCAGAUGCAGCAGCAGCAACAACUGCAGCAGCCAGCAACUCAGAUACAGCAACAACAGCAGCCGCUCCAGCAGCCACAGCAACAUCAUCCUGUCUACGCCAACUUCCAACAACAGCAGCAGCAAGCCCAGCCUGUCCCAGGUCUAAACGAGCCUCGUGUCCCUCCCCUGCAGAUCCGUUUGCGUGGCAAGAACCAUGUGGUGGUGAAGAACACCCGCAAGGAUCGCAAGAAGGGCGGACAGAACCAGGAGGGAACCAUCAAUGAUGAACGUCAGCUGAAACGUAGCUUUAGCGAGCAACCGCCGCAGCAGCUACUUUUAGAUGGCGGAGACAAGCAGGCCAAGCUCACGCCUCCGCCUCAUGUCAAUGGAUUGCCUAUACUGAUUCAGAAGACGACGGCUACACCAGCGAUGCCCCUGCAGACUGGAGCAGCUACCACCACCAAGACCACCACAAUUGUGGCGGGCAAAAAUGGGCUGACAAUCAGUGCUAUUGUGGAGGCGGCACACAAGGCGCAGGCUCAGGCUCAAGCCCAGGCUCAGGCUCAAGCCCAGGCCCAGCAAUCGCUCAGCGAUCCUCAGCUCAUUGUGGGCUCCACCAAUACGGGAACCACGCCGACGACGACCACUACCCUGCAGCAGCAGCAGCUAAGCAAGAUAGCCACCUCCUUGCCCAGCAGCAUCACCCUGAGUGCCAUCAACAGCAACAACAAUAACAAUAAUGCCAACAGCGGCAACAACAACAAUAAUCGGCUAAUGACAAUGAAGAAUCCAAUCAAGACUGCGGCCACCAUUACACCCAUUGUGGGUGGCAAGCCGAUGACAAAAAACCAUAAGCCGCCGCCAUACAUCACAGCCGUGCAGCAGCUGCAGCUACAGAAGCAACAGCAGCAGCAGCAACAACAGCAGCAACAGCAGCAGCAACAACAGCAGCAGCAACAACAGCAGCAGCAACAGCAGCGACAACUGGCGGCGGCCGUAACCAUGUUGCCCAGUGCGACGACCCUAAAGCGUGUGGAGAUCACCAAGGUCACGACGCCGCAGGUCACAGGCGAGCAGGCUCCGAGCAUAGUCUCAGCUCAGGCAGCAGUGGCAACGGCAACACUAGCUCCAACGACGACCAGCACCACGCCAACGACUCAGCUGAUCUGUGAUAGAAAGUUGCCAGUGGUUAUGCCGAACAUGACCGCGGUCAACAGUGCUGCAGUGGUGGUGGUGGCCACCUCCGCCUCGGCGCCCGUCUCUGCUGCUGCUUCACUCUCAACCUCCUCCACAUCAGCGUCCAUUAUAACCACCUCUACCUCCUCGCCAGCAGCGCUACCCAACACUCUGAGGAACUCGCCAGCCAGCAAUGGCAGCGGAACACCCGGUCAUGGCAACAAUGGUGGCGGCGAGGAUAGCGGCAUUGAGUCAAUGGAUGCUUUGUCCGAGAAGAGUCCCCAUCAGCUCUCCUCCAGCAGUCCCAUUCAGGUGAGCAAGGCGGGAACCUUGGUGCAGCAGCAGCAGCAGCCACAAUCACAGGGAAGCACACCUACGACGGCCAUGACGGUGACAACGUCAGUGAUGGCGCCCAGCUCGACGACGGUAUCAGUAGCCUCUACAGCAGUUGGAGCUCCUGGAGGAGUGGUUUCCCUGCAGCAGCAACAAAAACAGCAAGCAGACGAUGAGAUUGAAAAGGCACUGGCCAAGAUGGAGGGUGAUUUUCCCGAUGAUCUCGAGGACAUAGUGUCGUCGAUGAUAAAGGAGACCAGUGAAUGUGCCAGCGCCUCCAGUGGGUCGGUCUUCCUCAACAGCCUGGAGAACUCGCUACCAGCAGCGACGACACUGGCCACUGUAACCACGUCGUCAGUGGCAGCCACAACAAUCACAAAGACAAGUAGCUUAGGCAGCGUCAAGUUGAAUGGCGAACACCAUAUACUCGAACACGAUGAUCUCAUCAAGAAGCUCACAGAGAGCAAGCAGCCGGGGGUCAAGACCACUGAAGUGAAGGUGAAGCUGGAGGAGAUGCCACCACUAUUGACCAUCAAGAAGGAACAAGCAAAUAAGCCAGUGCUCAAGGUGGAACCCAAAGUGGAGGAGCCAAAAGCAGGAGAGCUCAAGCAGGAGGAGAAGCUGCAGGAAAGGCCGCAAGCCAACGAAGCCAAUGCCUCUUCACUGCAACCCAUUUCUAUAGAGAUACCUGCCCAGGUGGAUGGGGAAACGCCGAGGAUUAGAACGCGAGCCAGUAGUCGUUUGGAGAGUCCCUUGGAUGCGCCGAAAGCUAGUCCUGAACCCACCGCAGCCAUUGCUACAGCCGCAGCCAGCACACCCAGCACUGUCAAGAGCUUAUCCCGCGCCUCCUCCUCCACCGCCAGCCCAAGGGUUUUAACGCCCACACCUAAUCACAACAACAACAACAACAAUAACAAGCGGCGCAGGCAGGAGUCUGAGUGUGGCAGCAGCAACGAUGCCUCCGACUUGGGCGAUAGCAACAUGAAGCGACCUCGAGUUAGUAGUGGCAGCAGUGUCACCGUGUCUACAAACAAUGUGGGAGAAGCUGACACCACUGCUGCAAGUGGUUUGCCCAAGAAGAUGGAGAUUGAGUCAUCCGAUUCGGAUGAACCACUGAUCGAGGUGGCCGGCAAGGUGCGCAACUCCAAGCAGGCCCAGGUGGAGGCAGGCGAUGCAGCAGCAGCGGCAGUAGAGAAGCACGUGACGCGACGCAAUGCCCAGCAGCAGCAGCAACAUCAGCAGCAGCACAAAACCCCCAACAACUUGGCUUUAAAUGCCACCGCUCCGCCACCGGGUACACCCAGAACAGGCAAGGCUCAAGCCCCUAGUGGUAAUCCCACUGCCGCCAACAGCAAUCACAAUGCGAACAGCAGUCCUAGUGUGCCCAUUUCUGUAGCCCCCACAACAACGCCUGGCGGAGCUGUGGUGGUCACCAGCCAAAACAACAGCAUUGGCGGAGGCAGUACCAGCGUAGUGCACGCCACCCGAGGAGCCACAGCUGCAGCGGCCAGCAGCACCACCACCACGAACCCAGCCUCCAACAACAAUGUAAACUCUGCCACCUCGCCGACGGACGAGAAGAUUGGCACGCGGCGUAGUGUGCGUGCCAGUGCAGCGGCCAAUAAGAUCAUUUACAGUCGUAGCAAUGCAGCAGCAGCUGCUGCAGCAGCCGCGGCGGCAGCCGAGCCAAAAGGCACACCAGGCAAGGCAGGAGCGAAUGCCAAUGCUGGGAGUAUAGAGAGCGUGGCCGAGGCCAGGCGGAAGACGCGCAGUGCAGUCAUUGGCGAGUCCAUGUUGAUCGAGGGACGUCGAAGAAGAACGUCGCGUGACUACAAGUGACCAGAGUUUUGCGCCUUGGCUAAAGGCUUGAACCAUCCGAGCGAUGCGCAUGAAGACGAUCUGCUGGAGCUUUUCGAAGACUUUGAACAGCAACAGCAGCCGCAUCAGCAGCAGCAGCAGCUGCAGCAGCAACAGCUGGAGAUCAAUCACAGCAGCAGCAGCAGCAGUAGCAGCAGCUUUCCUUUAGCCCAGGCGCAGGACGAGGACGGUGAAGAGGCGACGACCGAGUACGAGAAUCUGGCGCGAGCAGCCGGUGGCUACAUGGAGGAAGCCGAUCACCUGCUGUCCUACCACAGCAGCAGCAGCGCCGCCGAUGUGGAUGAGGUGCUAAUGCCAGAGCUGGCCAAUGCCACGGCCCUGGACUGUGCUAACUUUGUGGAUUAUGAUGAGUUCAACCUCUGUCUGAACAAUAUACUCAGCGAGGAGGAUGACGACAGUGGCGGAGGCGGCGGCUUGGUAAGAAAACCUCAUCAUCAUCACCAUCAGCAGCAGCAGACUUGGCGCGAGGCCGGCGACAUGCUAAAUAUUGUGCAGCUCAACAACGAUCUGGGCUUGAGUUUCCAGGAGUUUGCGAGCGAAACGACAGCUGAUGAGCAGCGCUCCGCCAACAGCAGCUCGCCCCAGCUGGCAUAGGAAGGAGACGAUCGGCUACUUGUAUAUAUAUAUCACAUGCACUGAUACUGAUACCGAACGCUUUCGUUUGUAGUUCUUAGCUUCUUAGUUUCCGAUUGAGGAUCUUUUGUAUAGUUAGUGGUAGCCACAAGUUGCAAUAAUGUUGCGUCUCAUAGCGAGCAACAUCACACUCCCAGACACACACACUACUCACCCACAGACAGACGGAUGCAAGCGCCGCUUAAACUUCAUUUACAUUUUCUUUUUCGAACCUAUUAUAUAUAUCUCUCAUCUCUGGCACCGCCACUGCUCGCCCCAAAUGUAACCAUUGGAAAUGAUCUGCUAGUCAAGUGAAACAGGCAAUUUAAUGUAUAGCUCAGAAAAGAGGAAAAUUGAACAAAUUAGUUGAGUAAACGUUAACGUAUUCGAGAAGCUCCCCUAAACUCUAACAAGUAGAAUAAAAAAAAACUAGGCAAAGUAGUUGGCUGAAACACAACACCACACACACACCCACUCUCUCUCUCAACCAGGCAUAGUUUAAUUUCUAAAUCGGAUUUCCACCUGUAAAUAUUAUUUCUUUAAUUUUUUUUAUAUAAAUGCAACCUAUGAACACCCCAUUUUUAGGCUUAGUUUGUUUUAGGGAAGUUAGAAAAUAUCGAUUUAUCGAUAAGGUAAAAUAUAUAAUGCGAUGAUCGAUAUAUUAUUUGACAUUUUACCGAUAAAUCGAUAUUAUCUUUUAUAUAUCGGGUUAAUAUAAGCUAUCGGUGAAAACGACAAAUAAAAUACAUUUUUUUUGUAUCGAUAUUUUAAAGUUAGGUACAAUGUUUCGAUAUUUAAAAUUUCGAUAAAUCAAAAAUGUGUUGAUAUUUUAAAGUGAAAUACUGUUUCGAUAUUUAAAAUUUCGAUACAUAAAUAAUGUACGAUAUUUUCUCAUAUGAUGAUCGAUUUUUUUCCCGAUAUAUAUGCACAUCCCUAGUUUUUGUCCUACUUUUAACGCGCUGCGCCAAGUCGAAAGUCUUUAAUUUUAUAGGAAAAGAGAAACAAAAGCUGAUCCAUUGGAUCCAGCAGAUCAGAGCAGUUCACGUGCACCCUUAUUUUUUAGGUUUUAUAGAACCUUUUUUUGUAACCUUAUAAAAUAUGAAUAUAAACAGUACAUAUACAGAUAUAUCUAUAGCCUAUAUAUAGUUUCCGUAAGCUUGCGUUGUUUCGAAAAAUUUGUUUUUUAGUUUUAAAUGCUCUAGCCUAAGGACACACAGUAAUCUUAAGGCGAAUUCUUUACCAACAAUAUAUACAUAUACAUAUAUAUAAUGCACAUGGAAACCCGAAACCUAUGCAAUAAGUUAGUCAAAAGUGUAAAAAGCACCAAGCAGAAAAAAAUGAAAAACACAUGGAAAACCAACAAAAAAAAAAAAAAAGAUACAAAAUGAGAUCGUAGAAAGAGUGGAGAAUGGAGAAUAUUGAGAAUCAGUCGCCUAGUAUUUGUCGUGAAUGGAAAAGAACAUAUUAUAUAUAUAUAUAUAUUAUAUAUAUACAAAGUACAGAAACAAACCGUAUAUAAUGUUAUAUAUUUUGCAAAACUAAAAGGGAAUAUCGUGAAGGAGAACCAACCACACACACACAAAAGAAAACAAAAAAAGUUGUAUUGUAUAUAAGGCAGGCUCUAUUUUUGCUAAAUGUUAUUUGAACAAAUAGGGGAAAACAAAGAGUAAAGUAAUUGAAGCAAAGCAAGGCAAAGCGCUAGACAAAAACACAAAACAAAACAACAUUAUAUAUAUAUAUAUAUAUUUCUUCACACGCAUAUAUAUAUAUAUUGUUCAAUAUUAUUAUUAUCUUAUAUAUAUUGUAUGAUGAUUGCUACAUAAAAUAGUUCUUUUGAUACUUUGUACAUGUUUACUUUAAAGCAAGGCAAAAAAAAAAAACAAAACAAAAUGUAAGCCCCUAGCAUAACUUGCAUAUAGUACCAUAUAGUACCGAUAGACGUAUAUAGAACCCGGAAUCCAUAAUCCAGCCAGUGUCGAAAAUUGAAGCAUAUUUAGUGAUCCUUGUUUGAACCACACUUCUUCGGACCGCCACAACAACCACACACACACACACACUCACAACAACCGAGAGCAGCUGCAAUAAGCCCGAUUUAAAACACACUCAGCAAA